AUGAGCAUGAAGAUGAAGAGGAGUGUGAGCAUAUUCAGGAGGUUUGGGUCCAAGAAGUCGCACUCAUGGUGGUGGGAUAGCCACAUAAGUCCCAAAAACUCCAAAUGGCUUCAAGAUAAUCUUCAAGAAAUGGACGAGCUCGUGAAGCGCAUGCUGAAGCUCAUCGAAGAAGAUGCCGACUCGUUCGCCAAGAAGGCCGAGAUGUACUACCAAAAGAGGCCCGAGCUUAUCGGGCUCGUCGAGGAUUUCUACCGCAUGUACCGAUCGCUUGCCGAGCGGUACGACCACGUCACGGGCGACCUCCGCAAAAACGUCCCGUCCGACCUCCUUUCCGCCAGCUCGUGUGUAUCCGAGCUCAUAUCCGAAGAUGACUCGUCCACCUUGGAUUCCGAUUCGGAAUCCAAGUUGGAAAACGAGCUCGAGAAUCCAGAGGAAGAAGAUUCUGUGGAAAUGUUGAGGGCCGAAAUCGAGCGGCUGAAGGCGGAGAAAGACGAGCUUGCAUUCGAGGUGAGCUCGAAAGACGAGAUGAUUGGUGAGAUGAGGAAGCAUCUUCAUCAGCUCCAUGUGGAUCACGUGGAUAUGAUCGUGGGAGCUGAGGUGGCGCGUAGACGAGCGGACAAGCUUCGGUCGAGAGUUGAAGAGCUCGAAAGGGAGGUGGAGAGGAAAGAGGAGGUUAUCGUUGAAGGGGCGGAGGAAAAACGGGAGGCGAUAAGGCAGCUUUGUUUUUCGCUCGAGCAUUACAGGAAUGGGUACAAUCGGCUGAGGCGGGUAGUGAUCGGGCAGGUUAUGGCAGGCUGA